AUGUGUAUAAUUAUUGGAAUAUCUGGUGUAUUAAGUCAGGAUAUUUUAAAGCAAAAGUUAAAAGUUUCGAUUAUUUACGAAGCAUUAUGUAGCGAUAGCAUUAAAUUCUUUGCCCAACAAAUGGCACCGCAUUAUGAUGACCUAAAGGAUUACAUUGAUGUAACAAUGAUACCAUUUAGUCGAUCUGUGUCUAUAAACAACAAUCUUCAAUUUACAUGCCAACAUGGUCCCGAAGAGUGCAAGGGCAAUCGCCAGCAGCUAUGUGUAAUGAACCAGAGCUAUGAUCAAGUAGUCCAAACAAAGUUUGUAUUAUGUCAAAUGGGUCAGAAGAAUAUAACCGAUAUCGAAGAGUGCACCAAAUCGUUGGGUCUAUCCCCGAACAUUGAUGCCUGCAUGAACGGUGAUGAGGGCAAUCAUUUGCAGCUGCAAGCCGAACGUGUAACAUUCGUGUAUAAACCAAUGUUUUUACCAACUAUAAUCUAUGAUGGGGUCUUUGAUCAACAAUUACAGGAUAAUUCAAUAAAGGAUUUCUUUGGGACGAUCUGUUUUGUUUUUCAGUUACGUGGCGAUGUUUUUGCCUUGGCGAAUGCCUGUAAGCAACCGGUCGUUUGUGUGACCUGCUCAAUAAUGGGGGUUUAA